AUGUUGUCAAGCCCCCAGGUAGCGCAGUCAGAUGACUCUGUCAUUCCAAGCAAUGAGCAGAUUCAGAAAGUCCUAAUCAAAAGCCAUAAUCACUGGCAGCAAUAUAUCAAAGAGGCGACUGAGCAGCCAUCAACCGUGUUUGAUUGCAUAGAGUUUCGAGGUCUAAUCGACAGAACCCCAGCAAUUCCUCCUCAUCGCCUUCUAAGACGAAAUGGACGUGCCGCAUAUGGUCAGUCGACCUGGCAUUUCUCACCUCAAGACAAGUGCAGUUUAGGAGAGCUUAAAGGGCAUUUGAGGCCAAUGAUCCUAGGCAUUACAAAUCCUACGAUAUGCACGACUGAGGGAUCUAGCUUUCGCCAUUGGGGAGGAGAUAUUGUCGAAAAUCCUGAACCUGGAAAUGGUCUUGCAAUUUUAGUAUUUGCUUGGGCAUACAUUCUUUCUGCGCGGCUCGUUGAACUCCAAGGAGGGUCGGUUCGGUACACGGAAGUCCUCGCACCAAUCGCUGGUGUUGAAUCCCGGGUUCAGGCAACGUCGAGAGAUGUUGUCGUUGAUCUUGAGAAUGUUGAUUCUAUUGCGGCUCGUUGGUGGCGUGCAAUUCUAGCUCAUGGUCAAGGAUGGCGUGCCACUGUGCAUGAACACCCAGUAUACCUGUCUCCCUGGUCUGUCAGCUAUCAGGGCAGUCAAUAUUUACAAGUCAAUCUCCUGCCAUCUGCUUCUGCUAAACAUACGUCAGAGCAUCAUUGCCCCUCAUCCACUGAAGCCAUGGGCUAUCUCGCGGAUUUCUGUGCCAUUCACCACCUUCACAGUCAAUCUUCAGCAGCACUCGCAGCGGCUCUAGUUUUGCCAUUGCAUGAACUUUUACGUCAGGAAGCGACCCUACCAGAGAUUGUUCUUGUAAAGCCUCGCGAUACCACCAUUAUGAGGCCGGAUUUCCUGAAAGAAGAUCAGGCUUUGCCAUAUCUCAUGACACUAAGUUGUACCGCUAGAAUGCUUGAUUCAGCAAUUUGGGGGGUGUUCUGGGAACCAGGAGUUGACUGCAACCUUGUCAGUGCCUGGUUCCGCCCUAUCAUCAACAUCCUUACUCCAAUCAUCAAGAGUGGUAACUUCGAGCUGCUUGCAAAGGUCAUGGCUCUUCGCGAUCCAAAGCUAUCUCCAUUAUGGCUGGGCAGCAUUAUAACUGGAAUUACCCCAAGAAGGAUCAUCCCCUUCCUCGAGCAUUUGGAUGGAACUUUGUCAGGUCCUGACCUUGACGUAGUGGCCUGGACCUCCUCUCCACAGUCCUUCAUAGACCUAGCAGGCUCAGGACCUUAUGUGCAAGAUUCGAAAAUCCGACGGGCAGAUGUGUGGCGAUUACGCUACAUCUGUCAAAAUGAAUACCCUCCACCUAGUCCAUACCGAAGUCCGCCAUUAACGGGAUGGCCUCCAUUUGGUUCAGUGCCACAUACCUCUGUAGACCUUGAGGUCUGGCUUCAUACAAGUUGCAACAGGCAUGAGCGACUCUAUAGCCACUGGGAUUGGAUUAUAGCAGAUGGAACGCGACUUAGAGAUUACGGCUUUAACAAAUAUAGUACAAGGUGGGAUUUGCCUCCUAUUCAUUUCCAAGAUGUAAAUCUUGAGAAAUUUGGGUCGGGCGAAGUGGGAAACCUUGACCUCAAUGAAGAAGUAUCAGAAGAUGCAACGAAGACGGCAUUCGCAUGGGCUAUAGAGGCAGGAUAUAACCCUGAGAUUGACAAGGCCUUCAAUCAUCCAUGGCUUAGUAUGCGGGAUCAUGAUGAAGACAGUGAUGCAUCGUCAAUUGCAGAAUCGAUAGAUGCAAAGGAUGUGUCAAACGGUAAUUUCUCUAUUGGGCGGUUCUUGGCGGAGCAAUUGGAGGAUACUCAAGUGAAAAGGGCCAAUCAGAUUGAAUCAGCUCCAGCAGAUGGAGAACUUGACGUGGAUAUGCCGAAAGUUCAAGCUAGUUGUUAA